AAAUCCAGGCCUUGCUCAUCGCUCCCCGCAAUCUCUCUCCCUCGCUCCCCUGCAAUCGAUCCCCCGCAAUCGAUCCCCGCAAUCGAUCAUCGAUGGCUGACCCCCUUUCGGUUCUCCUCCUUGCACGCCUCUCCAGAGGGUCUUUGAAUUCUUGCCCUCAACAGGUGCAGUUUCUUCAGAGAUGGGAAAAUUUGGACAGAUUCAUUCCAAACAGAUCAGCAAUGGACUUCGACUUUGCCCAUUACAUGUUGACUGAAAGGGGGAAAGGCAAAGAGAACCAAAGUGUUGUCAGGUCUCAAUCCAAAGAGGCCUACUUGAAACUACUGGCUGAGACAUUCAACAUGAAUCGCUCUCGCAUCCUCGCCUUUAAGAACAAACCACCUACUCCAGUAAAAUUGAUACCAGAUGAAUUCUAUUCUUCUGUUCAUCAAUCCAAGCCCUCAAAGCCUCUGCGGUGUAUUCCUCAGACUCCUGAGAGGACAUUGGAUGCUCCUGAUAUUAUAGAUGAUUUUUGCUUGAACUUAAUGGAUUGGGGUAGCAGCAAUGUUCUUGCACUUGCUCUUCAAAACACAGUAUAUUUGUGGGAUGCUUCAAAUGGUUCUGCCUCAGAGCUUGUCACUGUUGAUGAUGAGAAUGGCCCUGUUACAAGUGUGAGUUGGGCUGCUGAUGGACAAUAUCUUGCCAUUGGCUUGAACAAUUCUGAUGUUCAGCUAUGGGAUUCUACAGCUAAUCGACUGCUGAGGACUCUAAGAGGUGGCCACCAAUCACGAGUUGGUUCUCUAGAUUGGAAAAACCACAUCCUUACAACUGGGGGAAUGGAUGGUCAGAUCAUUAACAAUGAUGUGAGAGUGCACUCGCACAUUGUGGCAACUUUUAGAGGACACCGGCAAGAGGUCUGUGGACUGAAAUGGUCUACCUCUGGCCAACAGUUAGCGAGUGGAGGAAAUGACAAUUUACUCUACAUAUGGGAUAGGUCGAUGGCCUCUAUGCAUUCACGUUCUCAGUGGCUUCACAGGCUUGAGGAUCACACUGCUGCAGUAAAAGCGCUUGCUUGGUGCCCUUUUCAGCGCAAUUUGCUGGCGUCUGGAGGAGGUGGGAGUGAUGGUUGCAUAAAGUUUUGGAACACCCACACUGGCGCAUGCUUGAACUCAGUGGACACUGGCUCACAGGUCUGUGCUCUGCUGUGGAACAAGAACGAGCGUGAGUUGCUUAGCUCCCACGGCUUUAUGCAGAAUCAAAUGACCCUCUGGAUGUAUCCAUCAAUGGUGAAAAUUGCUGAGCUUACUGGUCAUACAUCCAGAGUUCUUUUCAUGGCUCAGAGUCCAGAUGGACGUACAGUGGCAACUGCUGCAGGAGAUGAGACUCUCAAGUUCUGGAAUGCUUUUGGCACGCCAGAAGUGAAAAAGGCUGCACCAAAAGCAGAGCAUCCUGGGCCAUUUCCUCAUAUAAGGCGAAUCCAUUCUUUCCAAGAAUGGGAAAAUUGGCAGUGGAGAAGGAACAUGUUGAGAUAGUGAAGCCUUACGCAGACACAUGAGAGUAAAGAAUAGUCGUUCUCCAGAACUCUCUUGAAGUCCUCCUCAGCAACGAUAUUGAUAUUGGCAAAAAGGGUUGGAUGAGCAAUGAGAGGAGCGUAGCCCGAACUUGAGGAGAUGACAUCUGUGUGUGGUCUAUAUUUUUUUUAGAUAGAUCUCCUUAUAUGGUGGAGUAGUUCAUUAUGGCU